UCAUUCGUCUAUGGCCCUAUGGGAGUAAUGACCUCGCCUGCCUUCGACGAAGCCCCUCUGGACUUGAAAGCGACGGCAGAACCUUUGGCAGACGCCAUGGCAGUGGACACUGAGACCAACGGCGUCCAUGCUGUAUCCCUCGACACUCAAAAGGAUUCAAACGUCAACGGCAACGGCGAGCACCACCCCUCUGCAGAUGCGGCGCCCGCGCUAGAUCCUACCACAAACGUGUCCAGCGGAAUCGACGGCAUCUCUCAGUUUUUGCCCGAUAGUCAAGCAGACAACAACUCCUUGUUCGGAGACUCGGAAAUGCCAUCAGUCACAGAUGCCCUCGAGGCCCCAACCUCGGACGUCCGCGAUGAAGCUGGGCCAGAAACUGCGCAAGCUCAGGCGUCCGGCGCGAGUACGCAAAAGGUCCCGGAGACGCAACUACCUGAAGCAGAAGAGUCUCUCGGUGGGCCUGUGCAAUCAACCGACUCACAAGCAAAUCAGGAACCAGACUCGACCGCAGCUUCGGCCGAUUCGACUGGCGCUCCCACCAAACCGUUGAACGACUUGAAGAUUGAGACCCAGCAGUCAACGACCCAAGCUUCGGCGUCGCCUACUGCGCUUGAUCAGGAGAUGGAAGACGCGCCAACGUCCGGCAAAGUACGACCUCGCGAGGAUGACGCCGACAUGGAGGAUGCGCCCGAUGCGAAACGCACAAAGACUCUGGAUGAAGGCAGUGAAUCCGCCGAGUUCAAAGUGCCCAAUCUGCCGGCGCAUUCCGAGCAGCCUAAUGGUGCAGCGCCGGCAGUACCUGCAGCUGCACAGGCGACACCCACGCCUCCUCCAGGACAAGAAUCUUCUUCGGUCCAACAAGCUGUGCCCUAUAAGACAUGGCCAUCAGCUCCGAUGACCGAAGCCCAAAAGAAGUUCUUGCUCGAGCGCAUUCGCAACACCAAGAAGAUCAAGGUCUCCAAUGCUUUCAAGGUGCCCGUGGAUCAUGAGGCCUUGAACAUUCCCACGUAUCCCACUAUCGUAACGAAGCCGAUGGAUCUUGGAACAAUGGAACACAAGCUGAAGACGAGCGCGUACACAUAUGUGGCAGAUUUUAUGGCAGAUUUGGACCAGAUUGUGACUAACAGCGAGCUAUUCAACUCCACUACUCACCCGGUCACGCAUGACGCCUAUAAUAUGCGCGCUUACUUUUUAAAGGGCACAGAUAGGCUUCCCAAGGACGGCGACGAGGCAGCAAAGCCCUUCAAGCCGGCGAAGAAGCCCACGGUUUCUGCGGCACCAAAGGCGCGGCGCGAGUCGAGGGUGGGACCACUUGCCAAGUCACCACCAGCUUCGGCUCCCGCUACUGCCUCGGCUCCCGCUUCUGCUUGGCCCUUGAAUGCGGAUGGUUUGCCCAUGAUCCGGAGGGAUUCCUCUAGCGCUAACGAUCGUCCGAAGCGCGAGAUCCAUAGGCCUCCCUCCAAGGAUCUUCCGUAUUCCGCUGCGAAACCUCGAAAGAAGAAGUACCAGCUGGAACUCAAGUUCUGCGAGAAUGUCCUGUCGGAAUUGCUCAAGCCCAAGUAUGCCAAGUUCUCAUGGCCUUUCAUGACCCCUGUAGACCCGGUUGCUCUCAACAUUCCCUCGUACUUGAAGAUCAUCAAGAAGCCGAUGGACUUUGGGACCGUCAAGAAGAACCUGGAUGCUGGUGUUUAUCAGAGUGCCAAGGACUUCUACAAUGACGCGCAGCUUGUGUUCCUCAACUGCUUCAAGUUCAACCCGGAAACGGAUGAAGUGAACAAGAUGGGCAAGCAGCUGAACGAGGUUUUCAACAGCCUGUGGAGUGAGAAGGCCGAUUGGCUUGCGCAAAAUGCGCCCGAUGCGGAACCCCAAUCUGCUGGUUCGGGCUAUUCGGAUGAGGAGGAGGAUGAAGAUGAGGAAGAGGACCCUGCACAGGCUCAGUUCCUCGCCAUCCAGAAGCAGAUUGCAGCUCUCAACGAGACCGCGCAACAGCUCCUGCAGCAACAGCAGCGCAAGGGUACGUCGCCGAAGGCUCCUGGCAAGAAGAAGUCGAAGACGGCACAGCCCAAGAGCAAGGCAGGCCCACUCAAGGUGCCUCCACCUGCAAAGCCGAUGAAGUCGAAGCCCAAAAAGGCUGCCGCUCCUCUGUCUUUUGCCCAAAAGCAGGAGAUAUCUGAGGGCAUCAGCACACUUGGCGACGCUGAUAUGAGACGCGCCGUCCAGAUCAUUCGGAAUGGUUGCCCCCACCUGGCCAACACCAACGACGAUGAAAUGGAGCUCGAUAUGGACGAGAUCAAUGACGAUACGUUGCGUGAAUUGUUCGCCUUCAUCAAGAAGGUUCGAGGGCCCAAGGGUAUAGCGGCAGAGGACGAUGACUACGAAAUGCCUCGUCCUGCGGCACCGUCGCGUCAGAACACUGCUCGGCCGAAGAAGAACAAGCCCAUGGGCAAGUCGGAGCAGGAGGACAGCCUUCGCAGGAUCCAAGAAAAGAUGCAGUCGUUCAAUGGGGCGGUGUCGGGAUCCAGCCAGUCGCCACCUGCCAAUCAAGAGUCGAGCGAAAGCGAAGACGAGGACAGCGCGUCCGAGAGUGAGGAAGAGUAG